CGAGCUGGUGGAGCUUCACUGCUUCAGAGAGCUCGAAGAAGAAGAAGAAGCAGCAGCAACAGCAGCUAAAGCGUCAAGCUUUGCGCCGUCCUUCCUCCAUAGCCGUCGAUUUCAAGGCCAGAGCUGAGAAAUCCCAACUCAAAGAAGAAAAGCAAACUUGAUCAACAAUGGCGAAGAUGGUUACCCGUUUGAAACAAUCGGAGUUGAUGCAGUGCAAUGGUUCCUUGCAACUGAAGGGUCUUUUGGAGAAGAUGGGCUCCGCUCGGAAUGUGCUUCAGAGCCAAUUCCAGGAGAUACAGGACGGCAUUAACUCGGAUCGGAACUCGCUCCAGACCCGAAUCAAAGAAGUUGAGGACCGGGAAACGGAGCUGGAAGCCAAAGUUGUGAACUUUAACUCGGAAAUGGAAUCGAAAGAUGAGGAAUUGCGCGAAAUCGAGAGGUUGGCAGAGGAGAAAAGAAAAGAGGUUGAUGGUAAAGAGAAACGGUUACUGGAAGUUGAGAAAUGCAUUGAGGAAGGGACAGAGAAAGUGAGCAAGUACAAUGAAGAUAUUGAGUUGAAACGGAGGCAAUUGGAAGGGUUUAAGGGGUCUAUUGAUGAGGGGAAGAGAGUGUUUGAUUUGAUGGAUAAGCAGAUUAGGGAAGCAAAGAAAUCACUCGAAGAAUGUCAGGAAGAGAUGAAAUCGAAAAAUGAGAGACUUCGGCUGAUUCAGAAAUCAAUGGUGGAAUGCUCUAAGACACUUGAAUCGAGAGAGAAAAUGAUCAGGGAAAUCGAGGUGAAGGCGAAAGAUUUUGACAUGCUUAAGAAAUCCAUGGAGAAGUGGUUUUGUAAACUUGAAUCGAAAGAGAUGGAACUCGAAGGAUGGGUGGGGAAGCUUGAACUGAGAGAAAAAGAAGUUGAGUCAAAAGUUGAAGGACUCAGUUUGAUUGAGAGUAGGGUUAGUGAAUGCCUUGGUGAGGUUCGGUUGCAAGGAGAGCAUUGUCAUUCACUCAGGAAGUUGAUGCAAGAACGGCAGAAGGAAUUGGAAUUACAAGAAAAGUCGUUACAAGAACGUUCUCGUGGACUUGAAACGAAAGAGAAGCAAUUUGAAGAACAGAUCAGGGAGCUCAAAUUGAAACAGAAAGAAGUUGAUUCCAUGAAUCAAGAGCGCCAAAAGCAUAUGAAUUUAGAAGAAAAUUUGUUGCGAGAACGAUCCCGUGGACUUGAAAUGAGAGAGAGGCAACUUGAAGAACAGGUCAAGGAUCUCAAAUUGAAACAAAAAGAAUUUGAUUCGAUUCAAAAAUCCACGGAGGAACACAUCCAAAAUCAAAAGUGUAAGGAGAAGACUAUCAAGGCUAUAGUUGCUAUGCAAGAACAGGCUACUGAACUACUCCAGGCCUUUGGUAUCAUAAAUCAGGCACCUGCGGAAAUCAACGUUUCUUUCCCUGUUAAACUUGAGCAACCAGAAUCUUCACAUGUCAGAAAUGCAGCAACUUCAUCUUCUCCAAAUCUUUCACUAAGUGAGAACCAGCCAAUGCAAAACAGAAUGCUUGCAGUUUUACAAAGGUCAACUGACCCAGCAAAUCUUUUUUUGAAGCUGAUGCAAGAAUCUUUUAAUGAGCGCUGGGGAAACGGAUGUGUUGGUUUUGAAGAAUCUUUCAUGAAGAAUCAUAUUUCCAUGUUGAAUGAUCUAAUGAAAGUUAAACCGGAUGUUGGACCUAUUGUGAAAGAAGAUGCAGUAAAGCUAGCAGUCCAGUGGCAAGCAAAAAUGAGAGCUGAUAUCGGAAAUUCAAUGGAGAUUUUGGGUUUUCUGCAGUUUAUAGCUACAUAUGGACUCCUUUCUACUUUAAAUGGAGAUGAUAUUGUAAAGCUUCUUGGGAUGUUAUGUCAGCAUAAACCGGCUACAAAGUUAUGUCAGACACUUGAGUUUGCGGAUAAGAUAUUACCUGAUGUUGUUCAGAAUCUCAUUGAAAGGAAGGAGGUCAUCGACGCUGUUAAAUUCAUGUGUGCCUUCAAGUUAAAUGACAAGUUCUCGCCCGCACUACUCUUGAAAGAAUAUGUGGAGGAUGCACGAAAGUCCUACCGCACAAUAUGGCUGGAAGAAGAAUCACUUGAUGAAAAGGAUGAAAUUUUAGGGAACCAAAUAGCUGAGCUGAGAGAUCUGAUUCGAUACAUCAAAGAUCGCAAUCUCGAGUCUGAGUUCCCGUCCAAGGAAAUUGAAUCAGAUAUCGUUAAGCUGGAACAACUUAAGGAGAAUUCGGGAAGUUCAAUGCCAUCUGUUGUCCCCAAGGAUGAACAAGAGCACGAAAAAGGGAAGCGUAGAAGGAGCCGUUUACCCAUCAGGACUGAACCUGAACAAUGCCGUAAAAGUAAACGUCUCAGGCAGAUGAAGGAGGAGCCAUGAUGGACCGUGUACAAUGUACAUCCUGGUUCCGAAAACCAUCCCUGUACUGUGAACCUAGAAACACUUCUUACUUUUAGUGACGGAAAAUUGACAGUUUUGUCGUGAUAUGUAUCUAAUUUGACUAAAUUUUAGGCUCUUAGCUGGAGCAGGGUCACUUUGUCAAUUGUCAUCUUUUAUAUAAAAAAUCGACCACGCCUUGUCUGCA